UCUAUGGACGAUUGGACAACGGAGAGGCCGAAGUUGAAUGCUGUGAAGCAAGAUGGGGGAAUUUUGAUCAAGACUGGCCUAAAUUAGAGUAAAAAGGCCAUAUUCUGACAUAUUGUUUUGUCCUUGUCUAUGAGGGUUGUAUCGACAUUUUAAAACUUUAAUCGAAUUCUGGAUCUGGAAUCAAGUCCGAAUUGAGGUUAUGACUGAUUGAGCUUUGAGACAAGAAAAGCAGUCAUGGCUCCUAACAAUCCCCUGACUGUAUGGGGAAAUGAGAAGACGAUGAAUCUAAACCCUUUGAUCCUCACAAACAUUCAGUCAUCACCAUACUUCAAAGUGCAGCUCUUUGAAUUGAAGACAUUUCAUGAAGUUGUGGAUGAAAUCUAUUACAAAGUUGAACAUCUAGAACCAUGGGAGAAGGGAAGCAGAAAGACGGCAGGGCAGACAGGCAUGUGUGGUGGGGUGAGAGGUGUUGGGGCAGGGGGCAUUGUGUCCAGUGCUUACUGUCUUCUCUACAAAUUGUUCACCUUGAAGCUGACCAAGAAACAGGUGAAUAACCUGAUCACACAUCGUGACUCACCCUACAUAAGAGGACUAGGCUUCAUGUACAUCAGAUACACGCAACAACCUCAAGAUCUCUGGGACUGGUAUGAUGGCUAUUUGGAUGAUGAUGAGGAGCUGGACGUGAAAGCGGGAGGCGGUCACUUCAUGACCAUCGGCGAGAUGUUGCGUCAGUGGCUGGUCAAACUGGAGUGGUACUCUACCCUCUUCCCACGCAUACCCGUGCCUGUACAGAAAGACAUUGACAUGAAGAUGAGGUCAAGGCCGGUGGCUGCAGGUUUCCCCGAGUAUGCAGAACAGGAAGUUGGAGCUGAUGAGCCGGAACACAUCCCUGAUGACGAACUAUCGUUUGGAGAGGCAGAGCGAGCAGCUCUGUCCCAACGAGGAAGAGGCAGCGCCAGCAACGGCCGACGUGAGGACUCCCAUAACGGCAGCAGCACGUCGCGCAGGUCUCCCCCACCACGGCGAGGCUCUCCCCCAGUGCGACGGCCUUCCCCCCCUGGAGCCCGGCGGUCGCCACGGCGAUCGCCCCCAAGGAGGUCUGGCUCCCCUCGACAUAGCCCCUACUCCAGAUCUGGUGAUGAUUUCUCCCGAGAGCUAGAGCGCGAGCGUGACCGACAGCGUAAAGAAAAAGAGGAUUACAAAUCCAGCAAAAGUGACAAACGGGGAUCUCACUCGAAGGAGAAGGACAGGAAACGAUCUCGCUCACGCUCACAUGACCGCAAGAGGUCAAGGUCAAGGGAGAGGAAGAGAUCGCGAUCUCGUGACAGAGAGCGCCGUAGGUCACGCAGUAAAGACAGGAAGGAACAUUCCUCCAAACACAAGGAGCGAAGGAAGGAAGAGAAAAAGAAAAGCAAACACAAAGAUAAAGACCGAGAGAGGAGACAUUGAAUUUUGCCACAAAGUUUUCCCUGUCUGUGAGUUUGAUGAUGACUGAGUGAGAGAGUGUUUGGGGUGUUGAUGGUUCCUUUGUGAAGAAGAUGUGGACUUUUUUGUGUUAAUGCCUUGUUUAAAACAGCAGAAUCUUUGUAAUUGACGAGUCUUAAUGUUACACUGCAAUGUGUAGCUAGAUCUUAUCUCUGUGGAAGGAGGGGGGGGGGGGGGGGGCAAAGUUUUAAUAGACAACAUGAAUGUUUUGUUUUAAAAGUUUGGAAAAAUGUUGUGUUUACUGAUGACCAUGUGUAGUUAGUGGCUCCUUAUAAAAAUGUGAAAGGUGUAUGGGUCUUUUCUGCUACAGGUGGGUGUCUGUGGUGUAGCAGUUUGGCACUUCGCUGUCAUAUGCAGGAAACCUGAGUUCGAUUGUGAAGUGGGGAGAAAUUUUUAUUUAAUAUUGUGGUCUCUCAGCUCAGGUUGGACCUGAUAGGCAGGGUGAGAAGGCUGCCUCCUAAAUGAGCUAACUUGCGUUGAUGGGGUCAUAAAAACACAUUAAAAAAGGGGUUCUGGUUUUUGUUGUCACUGUCCGAUUUACCUUUGACAUGAAUAUGUGCCAUUGGUGGAGACAAAUACAAACAAAAAUGCUUGAUGCCUCGUUUUUUACUCGCCUUUUGUUUUGUUUUUAAUUCCUCCUUUAUUGCCACCACAAUAGUCGUGAAGAAAACAAUUUUUUCACAUUAGUAGGUAAAACAAAGUCAAUAGUGGGUUGUUAGCAUGUUGUCAGCUCUAACAGAACUUUAUUGGGUUUUACGUCUGUCCCUUGUGCAUUCCCUGUCUAUUGCAUGAGGCGUCCUUCACAUUUGUCACUUACGCAAAAUUGUUUUAAGCUGUUGGAAUGUGAAUUUGAUAAAACAAUAUUUGAUAAAUGUAUUGAAAUUCGGAUAGUGUUUUAAUCUUUUAUGCUGGUCAGUGUAGAAAAAAUUGUGGGGGGAGUUACCAUGGACCAAGAAUUCCGUUGUAAUCCCGAUUGUGGACGGUUUUGCUUCUUUGACUAUCUCUCUACUUUUCUACUGACCGGUUCUUCUUUGCAGGCACUUCACAGUAGACCAUGAAGCUCAUGCUUUUUUUUUUUUUACAAUUAAAUUUAGGUUGGGGAAAUGGGUCUAUGUUUUUUCUUUUAGAUGAUGUGUGAUUUUAUUCUCAUUAUAAUUGUAGAUUUGUCUUGUGCUUUGUGCCUCUGUGUCUGUGGAGAAGCUGAUCUAAGUCAAAGAGGGGGUCUCUCAUGAUGUGUUUUUCCUGCUAUGAAGUGGAGGACACAAAGUGGCAUGUGAGGUAUGUUUGUUAACUCACAGAUCCCUGGCCCAUAUAAAAUUGCAGUGGUCUCUCCAUGCAGGUCAUUUUCACAAUUAAAAAUUCUCAGGAAUGUAAAUAUCUAGCUACUGGCUUAAUUUUUGGCUCAGAUAUUAUGAUACGUUUCUUCUCUUUGUAGUACUUCUAAUUUGACUAAAUUAUCCGUAAAACUGUUUUCCCGAACAGAAUUUUUGAUACUUCACUAUUUUCAAUUUUAGAGAACAUUUCUGCUCACUGAAGGUGAAGGAAAAUAACAUCAAAAACGAUUUAUUGUAACGCAAAAAUGUGAAGACUAGAUCUAGAUAUAUCUAUAUUUUCCCUAAAUCUUAUGAUUAAUACGAUCCUGCCUUUCCAAGUUAUCACUCGGCCUUAGAUCUAAUAUUUUAAAGAAUAAGAAGUGGUUGUGCCUCAAGUAGGUCACCCAAGUGAAAACUACUUCCAUAUUUUGGAAAGCUUCCUUUCCGUUUAGGAUAAUUCUAAUUCUACUAAAGCUUUGUUAAAAAAUUAAAUUGCAUUUGAGUGGUUCUCUCUCGAAAGAAAAAAAGAAGGAAAUCCUGAUCCCCUCUGUGAUCAGGAUCAGGGUUCUCUGCCCUGCCAACAUUCCCACCUAUGUUGGCGACCAGGGCUCAGUGAGUUAAUCAUCAUAAGGAUAUUGGACAAUUGAGCGAGUACCAUAUAUUUUUAUAGUCUGAUCUCAUCAGGUUUGGAAGUGUGAUGGUGGCGACGGUUGACAGAAGUGAGUGCUGAAGGUCUACAUUUACUUUUAGACCAAAGUUUUUUUACCGGUUAUUACCCAAAAAGAUAUCAUCUUCGUUUCUUGUGGUUGUCUGGCUGUUGUUCUGUCACAUUUAUAUUUCUUGACUCUUGUACCACUUGCCGUUUGAAUUGAAAUCUAGCACUGGCAAUUAUUUAAAAAACAUGUUUUGUUGAAAAUUGGAAAAAAACAUAUAUAUUUUAAGCUAUUGGUUAACUUCUUUUCAAAUUAAUUGUCCAAUCUCAAUAAUGUUUGUAUCUGUUGUUUGAUAGAUAUUGAUACUAAGUAAAGACAUGUGGGCAUUUUCACUUAGAUUGGGUCCUGAAAAAGGUUGAUUCGAUCCAGAUUCCUUUACUAUGCUUUUUUUUUUUCGUUCUUGGAUUAUGAAACAGCAGAAUAAUAGAACAUUUUUUGUAUGUACAUGUCAUCUGAAUUGUGUUUUCAGCUGUUGUUUCUUCAUUCAAAAAUAAAUCACAUGAAAGUAUUCCUGAAUAAAUAUCGACUUGUUCACUACCAUUA